GCGAGGUUCUAAGAAGGCGGGUGGAGUGUCCUAGCUUCGACGUGCAAUCAGAUGCUGGGUGUCGACAGGGAGUGAGGGUAUCGGAGCAGAUGCCAGACUGAUAUCUCGCGAAGGAGCGCCCCUGCGUGAGCCAGACUGCGCGGAGCCACGAGCCACGAAUACGGGAACUUGAGGAAUGCUGCCGACAACGGGGGCAAAAACGCCUUUAAUUGCCCCCUGACCAGUGGUCACUGCGGCCGAGGUAUCAGUUAGUGCGUUUUUGCGCUCUUGUGCCUGAGCACCUGUGGCCCGAUCUGGCGGAGGUGAAGGUAAUCAGUAUGCAAGUGCUUGGUAGGGGCGUGGCCUAGUCCCCUCGUGGGCGUGGCCAAGGCAGCAGUCUGCAACACGUCACCAGCUGUUGCGCGGGCGACCGCUGGUCCCGCGUCCCGAGCCCGUCCGCUCUCCAGUCCAGGCCGCCACCCAGUGGUGCUUCAGCUGCCGAGCAGAACACACGCCCUGGGACAACCUCAGAGGCACUCACGCACUGCUCCUUCCGCCGCGAACGCUCUCAGCAACGCGCGCUCCCGCAGCUGUGUGUAUCGAGACCAAGUCGAGCACUGGCACUGUUCCCAGUAUUCAGCUCGACCUAAAUGUGUAGUCAGCGUCGACCUCCUUCCAAGUGUUUGACUCUUGUGACAUUGUUUCGUUACGAAAACUGAUUCAGCAAGUGUGAUAAAGCGUGUUCCGGGCACUGUGAACUUGUCCUUCCAGAACUGCCCGUAUACUAAUAUUGUCGAAGGUGAACGAACAGUUAGCCAGGCAAGUGUGCGGGGCGGAGACUGGUGUUGCUCGAGCGUGGAGUCACACAUUUAUCUCGGUGUCAAGACUCGACCGCUUCGAGAACCACUGCCAUGUUCCCUCCGCUCGCAGCUAAGGGGGAUUAACGCCAUAGUCAGUGAAAGUGCGAGAUCGGCCGUGCACAGGCUCUGCAUACCAACGGAAACUCCCUCGCGGGUGGCUGAAGGUUGAGGCAACGUCGAGAGAAGGAAAAGAAGCAUACCCCGUCGCCCUUACCUACCCACAUACAAACACACAUACCUGCACACGCACACGAUUUACGGACACCAUGACAAAAACAAGCACCUUAUCAUAAGAGGACAGGGGCUGAAGAAGAAAAAAAAAAGUUGUUCCCAGAAGCAACGCCAUCCAGUUGUAAACACACCGCAUCGCCUCCGAAGGUGCAACUCGGAGGCUCAAGAACACAGUCAACGGACGCCGCGCUUCGCCAAACGAGUUGUGGGUCGUCGGCAGGUUGGAAAUAUGGACGCAAAAACGAGUGAAGGCGUGGUGAUGGUGUCCCUUGGCGUGGAGGGCGUGGCGGCUUGGGCAGUCAGCAUCGCCGUGACGGUCGUCCUCGUCGUGGUGUUCCUCGUCUCCACCGUCUUCAACACCGUCGUCCUCGUCAUCUUCUUCAGGAGGCCUUCCCUCAGGAGCGUGUCCAACAGAUUCAUCAUGAGCCUGACCGUGUGCAACCUGCUGGCGUCGUGGCUCCUGCUGCCCCUGGUGGUGGCCGACACCUUCCACGUCGGCUGGGAGUCGAUGGCUCUGUGCCGCGCCAUGGACGCCGUGUCGGAGCUGGUGGCGUCGGCGUCCGUCUUCGCCACGCUCCUCAUCGCCAUCGACAGGUUCUGCGCCAUCACGGACCCGCUCCACUACCACAUGCUGGUCACGCGGCCCAAGAGCGUCGCCAUGAUCGCCGGCGGCUGGGUCCUCGCCGCGCUCAUCGCCGUCGCCGCGGGUUUCGGCGAACUCUCCGGAAGGGCGUGGAAUGUUUGCGGAUCGAUGCCUCCCAACGGAGACAUCUGGACCUUCCGCUCCUACUUCGUCCUGAUCAACAUGGUGGUAUCCUUCGUAGGCCCGAUGCACCUCCUCAUCUGGAUCUACGUCAGGAUCUACCACGCGGCGCACAAGAACAGCGAGAGGGCGCGCAGGAAUUCCCUCUGCGGCGCCACCCUCGAUGCCGUCGGCCCCCCGAGAGCUCCUUCCAGGACUCCCUCGACGCGUUCUACCUCCUCCCAGAUCGUCACGACACUCCGUCACCGGAUCAGCAACGCGUCCCUUUUCUUGCACAAGGAGGAGUCCCGCGCCGCCAAGAUCUCGGUGGUGGUGAUCGUGCUUUUCUUCGUGUGCUGGAUGCCCUACUACGCGUCCGCCAUCUUGCACACGCCGCUCGUGCAGCCCCUGUGGGUGCCGGGCGUGGUGCACAACGUGGCCAUGAUCCUCGUGCUGAGCAACUCCGCCGUGUCGCCCUACGUGUACCUGUACCGCUCCAGGAGGAUCCAGCGCGAGGUUCGGCGCCUCCUGGGGCUGCCCCUCAGCGCCGGAAAGUCCCCCGGAGGCUCCAGCCGGCGCGGACGCCCACUGCUGCACCUCCAGCUCGAGAUGAUUCCCCCGUCGCCCACCGUGCCCGACGGCUACUUCGACCGCGCCCUCGACCCCUACGUCCUGCCCUGCAAGGACCAGCGGGCGGCUCCCCAGUCUCCGCUGCAGGCGAUACUGAACAAGUUUUUUCGUGCGGUCGGUUUCGCUUGGGAGCCGUGGCGAGACUCCAUUACCUCCAACUCGUCUGCUUCUACAGCCACUUCCAAUUCGAGCUCCACCACUGCCUCGGGUUCUACCGAGUGCUCCUCUGCCGAGAGUGAGAGCAUGCUGCCCAAAGUGGUGGAAGCGAAGUCGGACUCCUGACGCAAUGGGCCUCGCCCCAGCCCAGGGUGGCGAAGACCCAGCCCCCACCACCUCCUUGAGCGCGACGCCAAGUACAGAAAGUACAAGUUCCGCGCCAAACCGCCCACCGGCCGAGCCAGAGAGCACCCAGGCUCAGGAGGAGACCUGUCUUCAACAGGCGCCACCGACACCAUAACCUCCAGCACCGAUAACGCUGCACAAGACCUCGCCUCUGUUGCAGAGCGCGUUUCUCCAACAGCCGACAGCCUUACAAGACUCACAAAGACCGUCGCUUCUGACGGAAGUCCUCUCCCAGAAGACGCCAGACAAAGCAAGACGCCGGCAAGUGAUUCACUGGCCUAGACAUGGACCUGGCAGGGAACCCCUUGGUGCUGUACAAAGGUUCUCCUCGAAGGUUGGUCUCCCUCGCCUUGUGACCAAAGCUGACGUCGAACUCCCUGGGGAACCCUUGGUGCUGCAACGGUCCUCCUCACUCUCGAGACCAAAGUUGAGGCUGUUCCUGCUGAAGGAGCGCCUCUUCAACUCCUUUUCAGAGGCAUGAAUCCGUGACCUGACUCAGUGUGCCCACUACGUAGGAUUAGUUGAAGAUACCGAGUCAUUUAGCUUUAGUGUUUAUUUUAUUCAUAUCCUCAUGAAAUGCGACCUAUACGCUAGACGUUGUAAAUGUUCUCUCUUUUGAACUUUGCUGCAUAAAGUUCAUAAUGCUAUGUAUAUAUUUAUGUGUGUAGAUAUAUGUAUGCUUGUAUGUG